AUGACCACUCUUCGGGUGCUGCUGCACAUAGCCGCUCACCGUGACUACGAGCUUCACUCUCUUGACUUCAGCACAUCUUUCCUACAGGGCAGCCUGCAUGAGGAGAUCUGGCUGCGCCGCCCACCUGGCUUCACUGGGUCGUUUCCUCCUGGUACCCAGUGGAGCCUCCGGCGGCCAGUCUACGGUCUCCGCCAGGCGCCCCGUGAGUGGCACGACACACUGAGGACUACGCUUGCGGCUCUUGGGUUUGCUCCUUCUACUGCUGACCUGUCGCUGUUUCUACGCACCGACACCUCUUUGCCGCCGUUCUACAUCCUCGUGUACGUCGACGACUUGGUCUUUGCUACAGCUGACACUGCUGGACUCGCCCACGUGAAGUCCGAGCUGCAGAAGAGACACACAUGCACAGACCUGGGUGAACUUAGCAGCUACCUCGGCUUGCAGAUCACCCGGGACAGAGCACGACGCACCAUUACACUGUCUCGAGCACACAUGGUGCAGCAGGUCCUUCAGCGCUUCGACUUCACGUACUCCUCGCCUCAGGCCACUCCUCUGUCUACUCGCCACUCGCUCUCAGCUCUGCCUUCGGAUGAGUCCGUAGAGCCGAGUGGCCCGUACCCAGAGCUUGUUGGCUGCCUCAUGUACCUGAUGACCUGCACACGACCUGACCUUGCAUACCCUCUUAGCAUCUUGGCACGCUAUGUUGCUCCUGGGAGAUACCGAUCAGAGCACAUGGCUGCAGCGAAGAGGGUGUUGCGCUACUUGUGCAGUACGUCGGGCAUGGGGCUAGUGCUUGGAGGGCAGAGUCCAGUGGUCCUCACUGGUCACGCAGACGCGUCUUGGGUUGACGACCUGGCUACGCAGCGGUCGUCACAGGGUUACACAUUCAGCCUUGGUUCCGGCUCUGUUUCGUGGCGGUCUACCCGCUCGUCGUCUGUUCUCAGCUCCAGCUGUGAGGCUGAGAUCUACGCAGGAGCCAUGGCUGCACAGGAGUUACGCUGGCUCACCUACCUGCUGACUGACCUGGGAGAGCCGCCUCGUUCUCCUCCAGUUCUGUACGUAGACAACAAGGCCAUGCUGGCCUUGUGUCGGGAGCACAGACUGGAGCACAAAACGAAGCACAUCGCUCUUCGCUACUUCCUUGCUCGUGAGCUGCAGCAGCGUGGACAGCUGCGCCUUGCUUACGUGGCCUCUCAGGCCAACACUGCUGAUAUCUUUACCAAGGCACUCCAGCCUUGUGAUCAUCAGCGCUUUUGUACGAUGUUAGGUCUUGUGCCUACCUGGCCUCACCUACUGAACUCUUGA